AUGGGUGAAGGUAUAGUUGAAAAAGCUCUCGAAAGCUUAGGAAAAGGGUUCGAUUUAACUUCGGAUUUCAGACUCAAAUUCUGCAAAGGUGAAGAGCGUUUGAUUCUAAUCAAUGAAAUCGAGAAAAGAGAACUCACAGUACCAGGUUUUGGAUCCAUUCAAGAUGUUUCUGUUGAUAUCAAAUGCGAUAAAGGAGAUCGCACGCGCUAUCAAUCCGAUAUCCUCACGUUUACGCAAAUGUCAGAGUUAUUCAAUAGGAAGAGUUCAAUUCCUGGGAAAAUUCCCAGUGGAUAUUUCAACAGUGUGUUUGGGUUUGAUUAUGGUUCAUGGGCAAGUGAAGCAGCAAAGACAAAGUGUUUAGGUCUUGAUGGAUAUUUGAUAAGACUCUUCAAUCUUCAUAUUGAUCCAUUUCCACUUCUUCUUUCUAAGAAAAUUGUUCAAGCUGUUCCUUCUUCAUGGGAUCCUCCUGCACUUGCAAGAUUCAUAGAAAACUUUGGUACUCACAUCCUUGUGGGGCUUAGCAUUGGAGGCAAAGAUUUAUUGCUAGUCAAGCAAGACGUGUCUUCCAAUUUGGAACCAUCAGAGCUCAAAAAUCACUUGGAUGAGCUUGGAGAUCAGUUAUUUAGUGGCACAUGCAAUUUCCUUCCCAAAAAGAAAGAUCAGAAACACAAGAUUCCACCCGCCUUCGAUGUCUUUGGCCCACAAAUCGCUGCCUUCAGCGGCUCUACAUCAGUGUGCGCAAAAGAUGGAAUAACAGUGAUAUGUGCAAAGAGGGGAGGGGAUACACAAGUAAGCAGCCAUAGUGAAUGGCUUCUCACAGUUCCUAACAAACCAGAUGCAGUUGAUUUUAGCUUCAUUCCAAUCACUUCUCUUCUUAAAGGUGCUCCUGGUAGGGGCUUCCUAUCCCAUGCCAUCAACCUCUAUCUUAGAUAUAAGCCUCCAGUGUCAGAUUUAGCGUACUUUCUUGACUAUCAAGCACACAAGCUUUGGGCUCCUGUUCACAAUGAUCUUCCUCUUGGCCCAAGUACAAACAUAACCACAGUUUCACCUUUUCUCACACUCAGCAUGAUGGGUCCCAAACUUUAUGUAAACACUGAUAAGGUUACAGUUGGCAAAAGACCAAUCACGGGAAUGCGUUUGUUUCUCGAAGGCAUGAAAUGCAACAGAUUAGCCAUACAUUUAGAACAUCUAUUAAACACUCCGACAAUGCUUAUCAAUAAAAUCGAGGACACGACAAUAUGGUCGGAAGAAAUAAGCGAUAACCGUUUCUUUGAAUCGAUAAACGGGAAGAAAUUUUCUCAUGUAUGUACAGCGCCGGUGAAAUACAAUCCUGACUGGAGCACUGAAAAAAAUGUGACAUUCAUUGUGACAGGAGCUCAGCUUCAUGUGAAGAAACAUGACACAAAGAGUGUCCUUCAUCUGAGGUUAUUGUUCUCCAAGGUAUCAAAUUGUUUUGUUGUGAAAUCAAAUUGGACACAAGGCUCUUCCAGAUUGUCUCAGAAAUCUGGAAUUUUCUCAGCAUUAAUAAGCACAUCAAUUUCUAAUAAAGACCAAAAGAAACCAACAGUGGUUAUGGAUUCAAGUGUGUUUCCAACAGGACCUCCAGUACCUGUACAAACACAAAAAAUGUUGAAAUUUGUGGACACAUCACAGUUAUGUAAAGGGCCACAAGACACUCCUGGUCAUUGGUUGGUUACUGGGGCAAGAUUGGUUAUGGACAAAGGUAAGAUAUGUUUGUGGGCUAAGUUCUCUUUGUUAAAUACUGGCCUAUGA